AAAUUUUGACAACUAAUCUCGUACGAUCUCGCGGGAUGCGGCCAUUUUUUCCCGCGAAAUUCAGUGCUUGGCUUUGCGAGUCACAGGCUAGGAAUAUCUUGAAUUUACACCGUUUUCUGUGAAAAUUUCGAGUGUCUUGAGGGUGGACUUAUCUUUCUAAGGUUCUCAACUUUCUGAAGCAUCGUCAAGUUGCCUGGAAGUGCGUCGAAGAAGAAGAUAUCGGACAAAAAAACAAACGUAAAGUUUUGCCAAGAUGGCGGUGAGCGCGGCACACUUCCGUAACCUGGACCUUUCGCUGGAGAAUCUGAAGAAAUGUUCCAAAUAUUUCCUGACGGGGAUGGAGUUCGCCUCCGAAGUCGCUCUGGACGUGCAGGAAAUGAAAGCCAAUGAGGAUCAGGUGCAGCAGGUGGAGGACGUGAUGGUGGAGUACGCCGCGAUGGAGCGAGAUCUGAAACAGUUUGUACAAGCCGUGGAGACCGUCAAACAACAGGUGAAAAGUGGUGACUUAUCCGACCAUGUAGCUGUGGAGAAGGCUCUGAGUGAACAGCUGGAGGCUGAACAGCAGGGAAACAGCAGGGAACAGCUGCUACAGCACCACAUGAUCACCUCGCUACACGACAAACUCAGGGAACUCAAGGGUGAAGAAGAAUCGGAGCCGUCUCCUCAGCCCGGAGGGUCCCAAACGGGAGGCGAUGAUGAUGAUGAGAUUGAGAUGACCCAGGCAGAGGUCAACCUGAAGUGCCCUUUGACCCAGCAGGAGUUUAAGGAACCAGUGAGGAACAAGAAGUGCGGUCACGUGUACGACAAGGGUCCCAUCCUGCAGCACAUCCGCAGGAAGAGAGGGGUCAAAUGUCCAGUCAGUGCCUGUGCGAACACAGACCCCAUCAGUGAGCAGGACUUGGAAGAUGAUGUGGAGAUGAGGAGAAAAAUCGACAAGAAGAACAGACAAGCAGGAAGGAAAGAACCUCGGAACAGAGACAUGCCCUUCUAGACUCAGUCCUGCCUGUUUCAUUCUAGAAAAGAAGAGAGUAGAAAGACCAUGUAUUGUACUUCAGGGCUUCGAAAUACUUUUUUAGGUUGCCCAUCAAUAUUUCAGCAAAAUCUAAGGUUUUGCAAAACGAUAUACAUGUACUGUACUUUUUUACAUUGUAACAGGCACUUACAUGAACACAUGUAACACAUAAACACAGCAGUUUAUAUUAAGUGUAUAAAAAAAAAAAACAUGAAGUCAGUAGGACAUUUAAUACUUCAGUUAUUUAUUGUCAACAUGUAAGGACUUUUACUCAAAAGUCUAGAUCUGUUUUGAUCAUUAUUGAUAAUAGACAAGACCUACAAUAGGUCUGGUAAACUGGCCACGAGAGGUAGACUUUUUAAAAUAGAGGACAGAGAAGAAGAGAUCAUAGACUUGUUGGAUAUUAGCAAAGUAGAAAUGUACUUAAUCAUAAGUUGGUUUGUAGAGUAGACCGUAAACUUUAGGUCCAAGAAAGUAGAUAUAGUUUUUUUGUUUACUAC